AUGACCGAGACGCGAUGGACGUGCGACGCGCAGUCGAAAGCCACGUGGUUGACCAGCGCGGACGGCAAAGUGCUACGACUCCUGGAGCACGAGGGGAACCUCCGCUCGACCAACUGCACGGCAGAACCGGCCCGUCAACCGCCGUUCCAAGACAUCUUGCGGAGCGUAUCGACGCUCGUCGUAAACUACUGGCCCGAGACGACGUUCACCCGCCGCCGGCUCCCAGAGAUGCUCAAAUUGACAAACCUGAGCAUCACCGUCCAGGAUACCAGCACCACGCUGGAGCUGUGCGCGUUCGAGAAGCUGCAACAGGUCAAGAUCAAGAUCCGAGAAAACGAUCUCGAAAAGUGUGCCAGCAUCGACGCCAGCGCCGAAAGAUCCGAGUGUACGAGCUACACCCUCUCGGAACUGCCGACGUGCAAUGCCUCGCGGACGCCACCGACGAAUGCGACCGAGAAGACAACACGGAUCCCGUCGGUCGAGCCAACGACGUUUCCACCGUCGUCGGGCCAUGGCUCGACCGUCGGGCUGGCGGUUGGUUUCUCAGCGCUUGCGCUUCUAAUCGUCGUGGCCAUCCUCUUUGUGCGGCGCCGCCGUCGCGCAUCGCCAAAGGACGAUGCCAACGCGUACCACGAAGUCCACGAUCGUACGCUCCUCGCUGGUGGUAGCCACGAAACGAUCGUGGCGCCGUGCAGCACGCUCAUCGACCACCCAGCGCUCAAGGCGCACUGGCGCGCCGACCUCGUGAACACCAAGACGACUGCAAUGCGCGGCAGCCACGACAUGCUCUGGUGCCGAGACGCGACCGGAGCCAAGCUCGCGCUCAAGUCCCUCGACCUCACGACCGUGGUGCAGACGAUGUUUCUCGCGGGCUUCCAGCGCAUCGCGUCGCUGCAGCACGACCGGCUUGGCCGCAUCCUCGGAGUCUCGGUCGUCAACUACGACGCGGCGCUUGUCCUCGUCACGCCGUACUGCGAAAAUGGCGCGCUGAGCUCCGUCCUCCACGAUGUCAAAGUGGAGCUCGACUCGGCGGCGUUGCUCUCGAUCAGUCGCCACGUCGCCCUCGGACUGCAGUACCUCCACGCGAAGGGCUGCGUCUACGGCCGCGUCUCGAGCCACAAGGUGCUCCUCGACGAGCACUGGAACGCGUCGCUCAACAUUUUUGCGUUGCUGACUCCGCUCCACGCACAUGCCCAUGCCCCGUUUGGCGCCUUUGCGCUCGCAGCAUCCGCGCCCGAGCUCCUUCUGGACCAGAGCGGACCGUCGCCUGCCAGCGACGUCUACGCCCUCGGCAUGCUUCUCGGCCAAGUCUUCUUGCGCGUCCGGCCGUACGCUGCGCAGCAGCACGAUCUCGGGCUCGUCGGUGCCGACCUCGAGCUCGUGCGUCAACUCCAGAAGGGCCGCCGGCCGCCGUUCCCGUUCCCUGAAAAGGCGCUCGUGGCCGCGACGUCGGCGACCUUUGUGGCGCUCGUCAAGGCGUGUUUGCACCCGAACCCGGGCCAGCGCCCGACCAUCGAUGACGUGGUCGUGCGGCUGCGGCUCUAAGAACCCACCGUCUUGGAUAUAAAAUUGACAUGGCC